CGGAAGUCGCGAGGGCCGCGCAGUCUAACUUCCGGUAGCGGCGGCAGAGUGGAAGCGGGAGGCCCGGAGGUAGGGAGGCCCGAGCAAGAUGCCUUACGCCAACCAGCCCACGGUUCGGAUCACUGAGCUCACCGACGAAAAUGUCAAGUUCAUCAUAGAGAAUACAGACUUGGCGGUGGCCAAUUCUAUUCGGAGGGUCUUCAUCGCAGAGGUCCCCAUCAUAGCCAUCGACUGGGUUCAGAUUGAUGCCAAUUCCUCAGUCCUUCAUGAUGAGUUCAUCGCACACAGGCUUGGGUUAAUUCCUCUUACUAGUGAUGACAUCGUGGACAAGCUGCAGUACUCCCGGGAUUGCACAUGCGAAGAGUUCUGCCCUGAGUGCUCAGUAGAGUUCACGCUCGACGUGCGGUGCAAUGAAGACCAGACGCGCCACGUCACCUCUCGAGACCUCAUUUCCAACAGCCCCCGAGUGAUUCCGGUGACGUCCCGUAACCGAGACAACGAUCCCAAUGAUUAUGUGGAGCAGGAUGACAUCCUGAUUGUCAAGCUGAGAAAGGGCCAGGAGCUGAGACUUCGAGCCUAUGCCAAGAAGGGCUUUGGCAAGGAGCAUGCCAAGUGGAACCCAACUGCAGGGGUGGCUUUUGAAUAUGAUCCGGACAAUGCCCUGAGGCAUACCGUAUACCCCAAGCCUGAGGAAUGGCCAAAAAGUGAGUACUCAGAGCUGGAUGAAGAUGAGUCACAGGCUCCUUAUGAUCCCAACGGCAAGCCAGAGAGGUUUUACUACAAUGUGGAGUCCUGUGGCUCUCUGCGCCCUGAAACCAUUGUCCUCUCGGCCCUCUCUGGAUUGAAGAAGAAGCUGAGUGAUUUACAGACUCAGUUAAGCCACGAGAUCCAGAGCGAUGUACUAACCAUAAACUAACUGCAGCUUGCCUAUACAGUAGGAAUUCAAGGCAGCAGCUGGAGUUCAGGUCUCCAAAGGCCUUCCAGUUUCUGGGCUCUGGGCGGCUGCUUCUCAAGCUUUGCAACAGGUCACCAGGACCAGCUAGUUGGGAGUUGCAGAGAGAUUAUCAAGAAUACCUCUCUGUUAGGCAGGGCUGAUUUUUGCAAGACAUUGUAGUAGUGCUUGUCAGAACCCAAAGCAUCCGGUCCAUCCUGUUUCCCAGUACAUCGGUAGGGGUCUGUCCUGCUCCCCUGUUGAGAACACUGGACUUCUCUCCUGGUCAUUCCAGCUCUUUAAAGCCUUUCUGUCCAAAAGGAGUUUUCACAGCUGUAUGUAAGGUUUCUGGUAUUAGGAUUGGGUGCUGGAACCUUUAUCCAAGCAGACUGUAAACCCUCUGGUUCUUCCCUCAGGGGCCAACCUACUGGCACUGUGAAUUCCUAGGUGUCCCUAAUUUGAGAAGUAACUCUUUGCGAACAGAACAUCAGACCCUGGCUGUCUUCUGCCUCCACAAACAGACAUGCUCUUACUCUCUACCCACCGAUUCCUAACGAACUCCUUCCCUGCCAGCAGCCUCAUCAUUCAGUUUGGUGGUGGCAGAUGAACAGAACCAUAGGUUCUCUCCCAUGUAUUUCUUUCUCCUAGUGAAGGUUCUGGUCCUGCUUCCUUAGCACUGUCUCCAGGUAGGAGCAAACUGAGAGCAGCUAGCUAGGUAGCCUGGAGAAAAGCAGAGAUCGGUAUAGAAAAAAAGGGAUAUUUAUUGAUUUAACAAUAGUUGUCUUUUGAAAAGUUUUUAUUUUUGGCAAUAAAGAGCACAACAUAAUCUC